AUGGCCAUGGCGAGACAGGUGAGCAAGAAGGACCUGGAAGUGGUCCUCACGCAGGCCAUGAUGGCCGCCAAGAACGUGCGGGCGCAGCGCGACCGCCUCCUGGAGCUCCACCGCCGCCUGCAGCGCCACAAGGCGGCCGCCCCCGCCCCCGCCGACGCCGACGCCGACGCCAGGCUCGGGGAGCUCGGCUCGGACGUCAUCAAGGUCUACUACCUCGGCCUGGAGGCCGGCGCCAAGAUGCUCGGGAGCUGCGUCGAGAUCGCCGUGGAGAGCAACGCCAUAGCCGCCAUCAACAUUGCCUUCGCGCUCAUGCCCGACGAGCAGCUCUACGAUGCGCUGCUCGCGCAGCGGCUCCCGCCCCGCCCCACCACCCAGGCCCACGCCUUCGCCCGCCUCGAGGCCGCCCUCCUGGCCGUCAAGAUGCUCGAGGAGCACCACCUCCCGCGCUGCGUCGAGUGCCUCGUCGGCGGCCAGGCCCCCGUCCCCGGCAAGCCCGCGCCUGAUGCCGCCUCCGCCGACGCUGAGGGCCUCGCCAACGCCGACCGCCCGGACGCCGCCGCCAAGAAGAGCAGCAAGCCCCGUCGCGCAGCCAGCGGCGACGUGCACAAGGCGCUCGACUACCUGCGCCGCGCAAACAAGAUCACCAACCUCGCCGUGAAGCACAUCGACCACGCUGUCACCGUCCUCUCCCGCUUCGCCGACCCCGAGGAGGUCGCCCGCCUCACCGAGUUGGCCGACAAGCACGCCUACCUCGGAGUUGAGAUUAGCCAGCCCACUACUUCAGCUGACCCAUCAACAGAUUAG